AUGACCGGAGGAACACAGUUGAAAUUGCUUGUUACAUUCUCCAGUGGCGAGAAAGCUGCAUUGAAACCUAUGAGGCAGCCAAGGGACUAUGAAACACCAGCUGAUCUUUUCUAUUUCAAUGAUUAUGAACGUCAUAAUGCAGAAAUAGCCGCUUUCCAUUUGAGUCGAUUACUUGGAUUUCACUGGGCGCCACCAGUUGCCGGGAGAAGGCUUAACAUCACGGCAGAGGUUUUGUUACGAACAAAAAAUGCAGAAUUAAUACAGACUUUUUUUAGUUCUCCAGCCGGUAACAUGUGCUUCCAUGGAGAGUGUGCGAUGUAUUGUGACUCUGCACACGCAGUCUGCGGCCGCCCUGACGUCAUCGAAGCGUCCCUAGCGGCCAUGCUUCCCCCGCUGCACGUGGCUCCUAGGCACACAUGGUUGCACCCCUGGCGAAGAACUUACAGCAAGCAUCAGACCAAAGCUGUGUGGGAGGUUUACGAUAAAUACUGUCAGUUUAUAACAAAAGUGUUCCCAUAUUCGCAAGUACAGAGGCUGUUGGACUUGGUGGACAUGGCGGUACUUGAUUUUUUAAUAGGCAAUAUGGAUAGACACCACUAUGAGACAUUUGCUAACUUUGGUACCGACUCUUUCCCUCUCCUCAUCGACCAAGCAAAAGGUUUUGGAAAAAGUACACACGACGAAAUGACAAUUUUGGCCCCUUUAUACCAGUGCUGCAUUAUCCGAGAAACCACUCACCUAAGACUGAUAGCACUAGAGAGAGAUGAAUUAGAACUUGGAAGUAAACUAAAAUUUUCUAUGAGGAGAGAUACACUUGAUCCCGUCUUAACUGAGCAACACCUACAUGCUGUAAACAGACGACUGAGAAAAGUAAUAGCCGUUGUCGGUCAGUGUAUACUGGAAACUAACACGCAAAGUGUUGUCAUAAAUGGCAACUGA